AAGUGAGUGCAACAUCGAAGGAGAAGCAACGUGCACAUGUACACAUAAUAUACCACACAAAAAAUCAGGAAAGCAAAAACAUGUCUAAGCUCGCUGUGGGGAACAUGCCUGUAGAGAAGAUUUAUAUACAUAUAAUACUAAAAUAAAAAUUAGUUACUUAGCGUUAUCAAUCUCCACACAUAUAGACCUGUACGCAGCUGAUGGAGGAGGGUGGCGUAUCACACGAGGUUGAGAAAGCAUGUAUCCAUGGCGAGCAGCAAUGGGUGUUUGCACGGAUAUUUUGUAGAUGAUAGAGCAUUACAUAAGUUAUUAACAGUUAAGGAAACCAUAAAUAUGCUAGUAAUGCUAAUUAGAGUUAGCAUUGUAGCAUGGCCGGCGUCGAGCCAGCCUCUGCCGGUGCUUGUUCCGGUGACCAAGGACCCCGCCACCUCCCUCUACACGCUCCCGUUCAACUACGGCGCCAACCUCGUCGUCGACAUCGCCGGCCCGCUCGUCUGGUCCACGUGCCAGCCCGGCCACCUACCGGCCAAGUUCCCGUGCACGUUCCCCACCUGCCGCCUCGCCAACGCCUACCCCGUCCCGGGCUGCCACGAGCCAGGCUGCGAGCAGGACAGGCGCAAGGACGGCACGUGCACGGCGUACACGUACAACCCGGUCACCGGCGUGUGCGCCUCCGGGAGCCUCGACCGUACCAGGUUCGUGGCCAACACCACCGACGGGAGUAACCCGGUGAGGCAGGUGAACGUGAGGGCAGUGGCGGCGUGCGCGCCAGAGACGCUGCUGGCCUCCCUUCCCCGGGGCUCCACGGGCGUGGCCGGGCUCGCGGGCUCCGGCCUGGCGCUUCCGGCUCAGGUGGCGUCCACGCAGAAGGUCACCAAUAAGUUCCUCCUCUGCCUCCCCGGCCUCGGCGAAGGUAACGGUGUGGCCAUCUUCGGCGGCGGCCCGCUCCAGCUCACCGCGCAGCCGGGUGUGGACUACACGCAGGAGCUGGUCUACACGCCGCUGGUCGCCAAGCAGGGCAACCCCGCGCACUACGUCUCGGUGGAGUCCAUAGCCGUGGAGGGCGCCCGCGUGCCCGUCCCUGCGCGCGCGCUCGCCACCGGCGGCGUGGUACUCAGCAGCACAAAGGCGCACUUCACCUUGCUCCGACGCGACGUGUACCGCCCGUUCGUGGACGCGUUCGCCAAGGCCCUGGUGCAGCAGGGCGGCCCCGUGGCGCGCGCGGUGAAGCCCGUGGCGCCGUUCGAGCUGUGCUACGACACGCGGUCGCUCGCCAACACGCGGACCGGGUACUGGGUGCCGGACAUCAGUCUGGCGCUCGAGGGCGGGAUGAACUAUUCGAUGAACGGCUUGCUCUCGAUGGUGAAUGUGCCGGGGGACGCGGCGUGCCUUGCGUUCGCGGAGAUGAAGGGGGUGAAGGCCGGGGACGGCAGCGCGCCGGCGGUGAUCAUCGGAGGGUUCCAGAUGGAGAACGUCCUGCUGGAGUUCGACAUGGAGAAGAAGCGGCUCGGGUUCUUCAGGCUGCCGUUCUUCACGCGGUGUGGCCACUUCAACUUCACCCGGACCGGCUAG